GUUGCGGCCCGCCGGUUUUUCUUACCCUUGGUGUGCUUCUCGAAUUUUCCCUCUUUCCUUCUGGUGGCCGCUAAGCUUUCUUCUGUCCUUUUCUGGUUUCUUGGCCGCCAAGCAAUACACCCUGACAUGUGUGGGUGAGUUCAUCUGGUGGUAAUGUCCAAACCCGCUGCACCAUCCGAGUCGAGUAGAUCCACGCGGUCGAGAUCCUCGUCCUCUUCAUCUAGCACCGAGCCAGGCACCCAGCCACAGCGUCCAUAUAGGCUUGGGUCUUUCCGGCGGUCUAGCUCCAGGCACAGCACGGCACAGAUUGAUAGGGUUCAUUCGGGAAAACAUCUGGAUGAUCAGUCCGUGUACCACAGUGAUCAUGCGCUAGAGACGGACUCUGACGAAGAUGGAGAGAAGAGCGAUGAGCCAGUUGUGGAGGUCCGCGGUGGGAUUGUGAAUGAGCGAGAUCGCGAUCUGGAAGCUGCUGGCCCCCCGGCGGCGGCGGCGGCGUUGGAGAAGUCCAGGACGGCACGGCCUGAAAAUGAUCCUAAGCUGGUGACAUGGAAUGGACCUGAUGACCCCGACAAUCCGAAGAACUGGCCAAUGAAGAAGAAGUGGGCGGCCGUGGUCACGGUAUCAUGCUUCACUUUCAUCUCGCCGGUGUCGUCGUCGAUGGUUGCACCCGCGUUGACGGCUAUCGGGUCGGACUUUCACAUCACGGACGAGGUCACCCUCAGCAUGACGCUGUCGGUGUUUGUGCUGGCGUAUGCGGUCGGCCCGCUGUUCCUGGGUCCGCUGUCCGAGAUCUAUGGGCGAGUGAUUGUGCUGCAACUCGCCAACCUGUUCUACCUCGUCUUCAACAUCUGUUGCGGCUUCUCGAAGAACAAGGCUCAGAUGAUCGUCUUCCGGUUUUUGGCCGGCCUGGGCGGAAGUGCCCCGUUGGCAAUCGGCGGUGGUGUACUCUCCGACUGCUUCAGACCCGAAGAGCGAGGCAAGAGUGUCGCUAUCUACAGUCUAGCUCCGCUCCUCGGUCCCGCCGUCGGCCCCAUUGCCGGUGGAUUCAUCGCCGAGAACACCACGUGGCGCUGGGUGUUCUACGCCACCUCCAUCGCCGACGCCAUGAUCCAGUUCGCCGGUCUGUUCUUCCUCCGCGAGACCUACGCCCCGGUAAUUCUCCGCAAACGCGCCCAACGCCUGCGUAAAGAGACGUCCGAUGAAGCCUACCAGACGGAACACGAACGCGCCAACCGCACGCUGGGCGAGGUGAUGCGGAGCGCUUUGAUGCGUCCGUUCCGACUCCUUGGCACGCAGCCCAUCGUGCAGCUGCUGGCGCUGUACCUCGCCUACAUCUACGGCACCAUGUACCUCGUGCUCGCGACGUUCCCGACCCUGUGGACCAGCCCGGACUACUACCACGAAUCCACCGGCAUCGGCGGGCUGAACUACAUCUCGCUCGGCCUGGGCUUCUGGCUGGGCUCCCAGCUCUGCGCCCCGCUCAACGACCGCAUCUACCGCCGCCUCAAGGCCCGCAGCGGCGGCGUCGGGCGGCCGGAAUUCCGCGUCCCGCUGCUGUACCUCGGCGCCGUUCUCGUGCCCGCCGGCUUGUUCAUCUACGGCUGGACGGCCGAGACGCACCGCCACUGGAUCGCGCCCAACAUCGGCGCGAUGCUGUACGGGCUGGGCAACAUCAUCACCUUCCAGUGCGUGCAGACGUACAUCGUCGACUCGUACACGCGCUUCGCGGCCAGCGCCCUGGCCGCCGUCGCCUGCAUGCGCUCGCUGGCCGGCUUCGGGUUCCCCCUGUUCGCGAGCUACAUGUACCAGGCGCUCGGGUACGGGUGGGGCAAUAGUCUUUUGGCGUUUGUGUCGAUUGGGCUGGGGAUCCCUGCGCCGCUUCUGCUGUGGCGGUUCGGCGAGCGGCUGCGCAAGAUGAGUCCGUACGCUGCGGGAUGAGUUUUAGAGAGAUGUGGGUAGAUACGCCAUUCAAUAAAUGGUAUACGUGUGCUCAUUGUGGCGUAUGUAGGUUCCCGCUGGAAUGUAAUGGCAAUUUCGCGCAUAUCCAUCUUGUACGCUUUGCUUGGCAAGGGUAAGUGUUUUGCUUCUAUCACACCGUGGACGAUGAGUCUACAAGGUCAGACUGAAGCACUUGACCUCAUUACCUCUUGUAUAAGAGAUAAGUCAGCACUCGCCUUGAAUACUAGUAUAGCCAUGGGGAUAAGGUAGUCAUUUCCAUGCCCGAGUCCAAAUAUGGAAGGAAUCCUUUCGACCCGAGCAACUCGGAAUUAUAGCCAGCCGAGCGUACCCCCUCUCUCGACUGCCAUAUAUAUCUAGAAAUCCACAGCCAGUAACAUCUUACUCACUCGGACAGGAAAGCACGUAAUACGCUGGGCAGGUC